GGUAUAAUGUGGUUCAGGUGUGCUGCUUGUUGCAGGGAAACAAAAUGCAUUUUUUGCUUCGACACAAUGAACACCGUCUGAGCUGUUUGAUUAAUCCUUUUUUGUUAAUGCAGACAGUAGGUUAAAAAAAAGGUCCCCAGAUCUGCUCUGUUGUUGUUACUGAGGAGCAUCACUGCCCACCCACAUGUUGCAGGACCUCUGCAGCCGUCAUCGACCACCAUGUGACAGAUAUAUGGACUCAACACCCACUGCAGGCCUGGACUCAACAUUUCUGUUCCUGGAGCUGCUGGUGUGAAGAAUGUGAAGCAUGCUUCACCCUCUGCUGUGAAGAGAAAAGACGGAACUCAAACCUGUGAAUGAUCGGGGAGGGGAGAUGUUUACCACACACCUGCUUGAGGAACUGUUUGUACCCUGCUGCAUGCUGGGAAAGAUGGUUUAACUCAUGUUUAUAUUUCAGUUUAACCGUGUUAUGUUAGGGGAAGCUGUCUCUGCUUAAAUAAUCGCAAUCAGAAACUCUAAAACACAAAACAAAUUUUUCCAGAGGGGAAAGGUUGCAUUUAGCUGCACAGCAUCACCAGACCAGAGAGCAGAGGUGGGCAGCCCGAUCCAGGACUGGGGACCCUGUUUGGACUGCAGACAAGAGGGGCCGCUAUAAAGACCAACAUCAGCCAGAGGGGCCAAAUCCUCAUGUCCGUAUGGAGGAGAGACAGGAUAACUCCACACACAUCAAUGAUGUUGAUCACGUCUAUUACACGUCGAAAAUCUACAGUCUUGGAGAUGCUGCCGGUAAAAACCUGUGGGUGGAUGAGACGGAGGGGGGACGGUGGACAGUCCUUGGCUUUCUGUCCAACACACACAGACAUGUGGAGAGAGUGAAACUUUCCUUCAGUUUUCCGUUCUAUGGUCACCUACUGAAGGAAGUCACGGUCGCUACAGGAGGUUUCAUUUACACCGGAGAUAUAAUCCACCAGAUGCUCACAGCUACCCAGUACAUCGCUCCUCUAAUGGCCAACUUUGACCCAAGCCGUUCCAAAAACUCCACUGUGUUUUAUCGGGACAAUGGAACUGCAUUAGUGGUUCAGUGGAACCGAAUCUACCUCCAGGACAACAUCAGCGCUGGAACUUUCACCUUUCAGGCCACGCUGCACGCUGAUGGACGCAUUGUUUUUGCUUACAAAGAGAUUCCUGUCAACAUCAGUGACAUCAGCUCUGAGAAUCAUCCCGUCAAAGUGGGAUUAUCGGAUGCUUUUGUGGUGCUGCAUGAAAUGGAACAGAUUCCCAAUGUUCGCCGGAGAACCAUCUACGAGUAUCACAGAGUCAACAUCCCGAAGUCGAAAAUCUCCAGUUCUACAGCCGUGGAGAUGCUUCCUCUUCCCACGUGUCUGCAGUUCUCCAGCUGCAGCUCGUGUGUUGCUUCUCAGACUGGCUUCAACUGCAGUUGGUGCAGCCGUCUGCAAAGAUGCUCCAGUGGAUUUGAUCGUUAUCGGCAGGAGUGGGUCGACCUCGGCUGUCCUGAGAGACGAGAUGUGCGAUGUCUCCCGCUGGCUGACAUCAGAAACAGCUCGUCGCACAGCCUGACGAACACGUCCACUCCUGCAGCCGCCACCUGGACGCUGCAGAGGACCUCCAACAUGACGCCCACCUCCCUCACCAAGACCUCCACCACCACCCACCAGUCUUCACUCAGCAGAGAAAACAAGUCAAGUGCACAGCAGGCAACCAGCACAUCUACAGACGCAGAAAAUACUGAGAGCAGAGGAGAAAGUCAUUCUGGUUUCCUGGUCUGCACCGUCAUCAUCGUGAUUGUUGUCUUGGUAGCAGCUUUCCUGGUGUCCAUCUACAUGUACCGUCACCCGACCUCCAGUGUCAGCAUCUUCCUCAUGGAGCGACGCCCGACCUACUGGCCCAUCCUGAAGUUCAGACGCGGCUCCGGUCGCCCUUCGUACACCGAGGUGGAGGCUCCCGGUCAGGACAGAGAAGGCACGGUCGUCAUCGACCUCAAACAGUUUUUUUUCUUGUCGGACAGAAGAGAGAGCGAACAGAAAGAAGGUUUCGUUGUUCCUGAUCAGAGGGAGCGCGUCCUCGGCUCGGAGAACUCCUGACUAAAACUAUACAUCCGGUUAGGACUGGGAGCUGGUUCUCUGGGGUUUUUAUUUUUUUAACCUGAUGGACAAGAAGCUUCCUGAGACACACAAACCUCAUCAUUCUAACACAUAUUUAGCUUGUUUGACUAACAAUUUUAUGUAAAGGGAAAAAAAAAUGCUGGUUUUAUUCACAGCAGGAGGUGAUGCUUCAAACUGUUUCCCUUCAAGAUGGUCUUUGUUUCCCCCGAACCGUCUUCUUCCACACCUCCUUCACAAAGAGGAAUGUCAUAUUCAAGUGUCAUUUCCUGAUUUCCAAAACACUAAAUUCCUCACCGUGACGCCCACCUUCCACUGACUCAGAUUUGUGCAACUUUGAUUUUAUUCUGUUGUGCUUAAAAGGCAGAAAACACUGAAGCAGACCCAGCUGAUGGAAAAAUACAGGAAUAAAUUACAGAACUGCUCUGGCUUUACAAUUAUAGACAGAAAUUUUAUAACAUGCUACAUUAGCUCAUAUGUUUAACAAUUUGCAGGGCUAGUUUAUUUUUUUUG